UCUUCAUCUCCACCUGCACCCAAGACGGUAUAUAAAGACCUUCAAUGCCAUCAGUGUCUCAGCCAACUGGACAUCUAUGACCAUACAACUAUUCGUUCUCCUCGUCGUUCACUAUAGCCACUAUCCGCCUCCAUCCGACCCUCUUCCCGCAUUCCUCACGCCAUGCACCUUGUAUUAACGCUCUCUUUCAUACUGUCCGGGUCAGGAACAAUAGCGUCUUCAAUCCCAGAUGUUUCCGGCACGCUGCAAAACAUUUUAAAGAACACAGACAACUCUAACAAAUACACGUAUCCCACCGAUCUCACGCGCGGAAUUAUUCCAAAACCAUUUCACAGUCAUAAUGACUAUUGGAGAGAUGUCCCCUUCUAUUCGGGACUGAGCUAUGGCGCUAUAAGCACGGAGGCGGAUGUUUGGUUGAUUAAUGGGACGCUAUAUGUCGGUCACGAACUCGGCGCCCUAACCACAGAGCGCACCCUCGAAUCCCUUUAUAUCAACCCAAUCCUAGACACGCUCCACCGACAAAACCCAGUCACUAAAUUUUCGCCCUCUCCAACCCGGAACGGUGUAUUCGAUGCCGACAGUGGACAAACCCUUUACCUCUUCAUCGACCUCAAAACCUCCGGCUCCGAAACCUGGCCCGCAGUCCUUAAAGCCCUCGCCCCUUUAAGCUCCGCAAACUACCUUUCAACCUACGAUGGCACAGCCUUCAAACCCGGACCCGUCACCAUUAUCGGAACAGGCAACACCCCGCUCUCCGCCAUCCAAUCUGCCAUCCCUCGCUCCGCAUUCUACGACGCUCCACUCCCUCUUCUCUCCUCCACAUUCUCUAAUAUCACAGCUUUCGACUCCCCAAUCGCAAGCACCGACUUCGCUGUCCAGUUCGGGAAAGUCGUAAACCAAGAGUUCAACGCUACCCAACUCGACGUCCUGCGCUCGCAAGUCAAAACCGCGCACGAUAAGGGAAUCAAGGUGCGGUAUUGGGAUCAACCGGGGUGGCCGGUGGGGACGCGAAAUGCGGUUUGGAGGACGUUGAUUGAUGAGGGGGUUGAUAUUUUGAAUGUGGAUGAUUUGAAAGGAUGUGCGGAGUUUUGGGAAGCGAGGGGUUGACUAGCUAGUGAGGGUGAUGGUGAUGCUUCGCCCUCCACCGUUCUAGGGCAUUUGUUGGGGAGUUUUGGACACUGCGUGAAUACUGAUUUUGGCAUUUUGGGUUCGGAAUCUGGGACGAGUAUGAGUGUUUUUCAAAGUGUGGAAUUUGGAUCUUGGCAAUGGAAUGGUUGGAGAUGAGUUUUGAGGAAUGUGAAUAACGGACCAUAAAAC